AUGGAUACUCUACCAGAAUCUAUAAAACAGAAGUCAGCAAAGGUCAAACAACUCGGUGGACUGAAUGAGCUCAAUCGUCUGUUUAGUGAGUUGCCUACCCUGUACAAACGAAACGAAGAAAUUCUGGAAGAGACAAACCGGAUGCUCAAUGAAGAGAAAGAGAGUGAUGACAACCUCAGACGCCAGUUUGGAGCGAAGUGGACGAGAAUGAGCAGCGAACAGUUGACAGGCCCUCUUCUUCAGGAAAUUGGCAAAUACCGUGGAAUCUUGCAUACUGCUUCGAACGCCGAUAAAAUGGUGAAGGAUAAGUUUGAAGCAAAUAGACCGGCCAUAGAAAUGUUAAGCAAAAACGAGGUGGAACUACGAGGUUCUAUUCCGAGUCAGAGUCAACAUGCUACGGAAGGUACCACUGAAGCUGUCGAGAAACUGAAGGCAUUGAUGAACCAAGUACAAGAGCUUAAAGUUCAACGAGAAAAGCUAGAGAAGGAAUUCAAAGACGUACGCUCUGACAUCGCUAAUGACCUUCUGAAGGCUUUGGCUGAAAGUCAAAUUCUUAACGAAGAGCAGAUCUCAAAGGAGAAAAUCCAACAGAUCUACGGACCUCUGAAAGAGAAAGUUGAGGCUAGUAUCAAACAACAGGAAAACAUGAUGGCGGAAGUUCAGGUAAUGUUUUGCCCACUAUUUCUACUUUAUGCAACAUUUUGAUC